AUGGUAUAACACAUUAACUCAUAUGACUUUGCAAUUGGAAUGUAUAAAAUGAUUAGGAACGAAAAACUCAUUUGCAAUCAAUAAGAAACUCAGAUGGGUAAGAUUAUGCCAGUGAACAAAUUCUACCUUGAAAUAUCACUAAAGGAAUAAUUCAGACCUCCCGUUAUAUGA